AUGAAAAAAGUUCCAUCUCGUUGGAUACCCCAGCAACUGAAUGAUGAACAAAACCAAGAACGAGUUCGACUUUGUCGUGAAAAUUUAGCAAAUUUCGUGAUGGUUCCUGGCGAUUAUGUGAUAUUAUUACAGGUGAUGAGACGUGGAUUUACCAUAGGCAGAUUCAUCACAAGUCAACAAACAAAAGUUGGAUUGACGAAGCCUGUUGUCAAAGAAAUACGGAAACAAAGAAAGUCAAAUGGUACUAAAGGCAUAAAAUUGCUUCGUGACAAUGCUUCAUCCCAUCGUCAUUCAGAUGUUAUUAAUUAUUUAACAGGCGAAGGUAUCAAUAUAAUACCACAUCCACCAUAUUCACCUGACCUUGCACCCUGUGAUUAUUGGCUAAAUGAUUACAUCAAACAGAAUUUAACUGAUCAACCAGAUGAAAAAUCAUUGACUCAUGCAGUUUCCAAGCUAAUAAAAAAUAUUCCAGAAGAAGAAUUUAAAAAAACUUUUGACAAACUAUUAGAGAGGAUGGAACUUUGUAUAAAUAAUCAUGGUGACUAUUUUGAACAUUUAAUAAAAUAA